UUUUGAUCGGUCCAAUAAAACAAGCGAGGCUGCGUCGGGCUUGUCAGACGGGCCAUUCAAGCUCGGCGAUCGCAGCGACAUGGCGCCCAUUCCUUCAUAUCGCCUCUAGAACCAGCAGCACCACCAUGGCCACCGUCACGCAGCUCGCGGUCCUUCGCUACGAAGACACAAUCGACGAUGGCAGCAAGUUUACAGUGUACAUGACGUCCGUCGCGUCCAACGGCCGCGAAUGGGUCGUCCCGCUUCGCUACAGCCGCUUCCACGAGUUUUUUGGCCAGCUCGUCAAGACGGACCGGCACGCGGCGGCGCUCUCGUUUCCGCAAAAGGUGCUCUUCACACCGUCCAACGCCACGCGCAUGCGCCAGCUCCACGACUUUAUGCAGCAGCUCGCUGGCGCCCUGCCAACCCUCUCAGACGACGGGCUCCGACUCGUCCACGACCUGCUUGACGUCGACGCCAACACGAUCGUCGAGCAGCCCUGCGAGCCAGAGCUGGAAGAAGACACCGUGGUGCCUGGGGAGCCCGACGUCGCGGCCCAAGGACCUUCGAUCGACGUCGUUGUCGAGGUCGUCAAGCCGACGGCGGCCACGCCACUGAAGAAGAAGGCCAAGACGUGUGCAAAGGCCAAGGUCGAGUCGCCGCCCGCCGUCCGCGCGGUGGCACUCACGUACACGGUGAUGCUGUCGCCGGUUAUGAUCCUCGUCACGGUCGUCCAGUCGCUCUUUUGGGUUGCAUCGGCGCUGCUGCCUUCGCCCAAGGUCAAGGCCGCGGCGUAGCCCAGCCCAACGUCGUAUUUAUGCAGCGCGCCAUUCCCUACCUUUACGGCGGACAGGCGCGGCCAACGGUAGCCGCGCGCCCUCUCGAAGCGUGGGAUGAGGAGUAAGCCCCAAAAUCAAAAUCCACCAUCUCACUCGGUCGA